AUGAAAGUAAUUCAACGUUGGGGAAUAACAAAAGACAAAAUUGUUGCUGUUAUUUCUGAUGGUGCAAGUAAUAUUGUUAAAUGUAUUAAUGAUACAUUUGGCCAUGAUAAAGCUUUAGUUUGCUAUGCUCACAAAUUAAAUCUCUUAGUAGGGAGUGCAUUGUCAAGUUCUGAAGAAUUUACUAAAAUUGUAGAGAAAGUAAAAUCAAUAGUCACAUUUUUUAGACAUAGUGUUAAAGCUUCUGAUAUACUAAGACACUUACAAUUAAAUGGAGGUAGAAGUGAAGGUACAUGUUUGAAGCUUAAACAAGAAUGCCCAACUCGGUGGAAUUCUUUGUUCUAUAUGUUGAUGAGAUUUUUAGAAUUGAUAGAAGUUGUUAGUACUGCUCUGUUAAGAGUUUCAGGUGCACCAUCAAUUCCAUCACAAUAUGAAAUUAAAGUGCUUAAAGAAGGAGUGAAAAUGCUUUGUCCGUUUGAGCUUGCAACUAAAGAAUUUUCAACAGAAAAACAUGUCUCAGCUAGUAAAGUUAUUCCAUUAAUAGCUAUUUUGGAUAAAAAAUUAAAUAAUUUAAUGUGCACAACUAAAGAAGCUCAACAUUUAUUAAAUCAACUGAAAAUAGAAUUUUAUAAACGUUUCCAGAAUGUAGAAAAAAUUAGUUUAUUAGCAGUAUCUACAAUUUUAGAUCCUCGAUUUAAACGCAUUCAUUUUCGAGGACCAUUAAAUGCAGCUAAUGCAGUUCAAUUUAUACAUGAAGAGAUGAAACGUACCAAUACCCUUCAUGAAAAUUCAAAUAAUACUGAAAUUGAACAAAGUUCUGACACCAGGCCACAACCACAAGUUCUUGAAGACAGCUUAUGGGAUGACCAUGAUUUGCAUGUUUCGCAGCAAAGUCUUACUAAUAUAAAUGACUCAUACUUGCCUUCCAUUAAAUUAUAUCUACAAUCUAACAUUGAAGAUCGUACAAUAUCACCAGUUACAUUUUGGGAAAAUAGUCAUUACAAAUGUCUUUCAAAUUUGGGACUGAAAUAUGCAUGUGUUCUGGCUUCAUCUGUACCAUCAGAAAGGUUAUUUUCUUCGGCUGGUAAUAUAUUAACUGACUGUCGUUCUCGAUUGCUAUCUAAGAGGUUUGAAAAAUUGACGUUUUUAUCAUCAGUGGAUGAAAAAUAUUGGAAUAUUUAA